AGCUAACUGUUAUUGGUAGAACAUCAAGAAGGGCAUCGAGGGUCAUGCUGUAGGCUGGUACUCUGAGGUGUUUGAUCUCCUCUUUGCGGACUUGGACAAGGGCCACGCCAGUCACAUCUGGCAAAAGCAGCUGGCCGAGAAGCCCUCCAAGAAGUCCAACGAAGUCGAGGAGGAAGAUGAGUGAAUCACAUCACCAGUCCUCAUGCCCUGAUGACAUACUGUACUCCAGCUCCCGCGGGGGAUUGUUCUGUUCCGUUCUGGUCACGUGCGAGGCGUUAUUCUGUCGGAAGCAUGGUUCGGAGUUGUUUUCUUUUUCUUGUCUAUUUCUUUGUCUGGUUUAGAUUCACUACAGGGUGUCCUGCCCUUUUUUUAUGUUUAGUUGUGGGCGAUACCACAACAUCGGGUGGAAGUCGACAUUUGCCUAGAUCGGUUGCCAGGCAGUCCGAUCCUGGCCUACGACGAACUGCCACCCCGAAGCCCAUCGACCAACCACUCCGCUCUGCGAAAAGAUGGGAUGGUCCAUUCGACCGGCUGUGUAUCAUUGUUGGAUAUGUAAUAAGCCGGCUCUGGAGAUAGAAUCGAGCUCUGGCUCUAGAGCUCCCUGACAGUUGUCAGGC